GUGACAUCACUCAGACACCUGCAAAGGACCACAGAGUAGUAAAGCAAAUUAAAACAGCAUUGGAAAUAACGCCGUUGCUUAGCAACAACCCCAAACGGUAAAGUAGUAGAACUCAACAUUGAGGUUAAAAGAACACGGUCACUGAUUGGAUAAUCAAUUCAACGGACCAAUCAGCGAAGACGUUGCUCAAAGAGGCAACGCUUUGAGUUUUGAUUUUGGAAGCUAACGUUAGCCGCCGAAGCUCAGCUACUGGAAGAUGUCGGUCAAGCGGGCGAUUGGCGAUUCAGAGUUUUUAAAGAAGAGGAUUCCACAGAACCCCAAAUAUCAACAUGUAAAAACUCGACUUGAUACAGGCUACAGCUUGACAAAAUACAUGGAGAGAUUAGAGGAGACCAGGAAAAACUACAGAUAUAAGAAGGACGAGCUAUUUAAAAGACUGAAAGUGACUACAUUUGCACAGCUGGUACUCCAAGUUGCUUCGGUGUCAGAUCAGAAUGACAACAUUAAAGAUGAAAUGCCAGGAUUAGACGAUGAUGUUUCAAUAUUCUCGGCGUCACCCGGGCUUGACCGUCUCUCCGAUCAGACUAAUGGCUCCCCAGAGCCGACACUUUUCAACCCACAGAGUAUCAACAAUGACGAAUCCGGCGACACUGGGUUUUCUUCCAGAUCUACACUCCAAAGUGUCAUCAGUGGCGUGGGAGAAAUGGAUCUGGACAAGAACGGACAGAAGACCAUUCGACUGUCUCCAGUGUCUACCUCCAAAAUCACAGAGUGCCCUUUUCCUGACUGCCCGUAUCUGUUGCUGGAUGUGCGGGACAGAGAGCAGUAUGACCAGUGCCAUAUUAUAAGUGCAUAUAGUUACCCCAUUGCGACCUUAUCAAGGACGAUGAACCCAUACACGAAAGAAGUCCUUGAUUAUAAAAAUGCAUCGGGAAAGAUCAUAAUUUUGUAUGAUGAAGAUGAGAGGAUAGCAAGUCAGGCGGCCACCACCAUGUGCGAGAGAGGGUUCGAGAAUCUCUUCAUGUUGUCGGGGGGUUUAAAAGUGGUUGCUCAGAAGUUCCCUGAGGGAAUGACAACAGGCUCCAUUCCCAUCUCCUGUCUGCCAUCACCCCCGGGACCUGGAGGUCGUAAGCGAUCGGUGCCACAGCAGACGUCACAGGCAGCAGAAAAAAAGUGGCGGUUCACCUCGGAGGACCUCAGCAGAAUCCAGCAUUACCUAGAGGAGGUGUUCAUACCCAGCGAGCCCAGCAGUGAGUCAUCCAUUUCAUAA